GCAGGAUCAGCCACCGUCACACCCAGAUGGCGCACGCUGCUUAACCCCCACGCACCGUUUCAACUGCUGUAUGUACUGCGCAUAGCAGCGCUACUGCUGACCUCUGGAGACAGGAACGACAUGUCUAUCCACGAUGCAGAUACUAUGGAUACUGGUGAUGAUGACACCUGGGGUUUACAGUUUGAACAGAGGGGCGGGGUAGUUCUCCUGUACACCAUGAUGCACACUGUGUGCGGAUGGACCGCGCGAGCGCAACAGACACACACACCCGACACCACACCCACCCAUGAGCACAUGGACGUGACAAGCAGGCCGACAGACGCCCAAACCCAGACCGAAGUUCGGAACCUACAGUUGCGUGAGAGUAUUGCCGUGCAGUUGUUUGAGCGGCUGCUGAAGAUGCUGUACUACUUCACCACGUCGUGUAUGCUAGUGAGCUCGGACCGCAGAGAAGUCGACUACCGGAAUGGCCGGGAUAGUGGUAGCGGGACGGGUGGGGUUGCAGGUGCACACGACGGCUUAGGUGCGCUACAGAGCGGGCGAGGAAAGCCACAUACCCAUGCGCAUACAUACUACCAGUCAUUCCGGACACUGUCACUGCUGACGCGAGAAAUUGAUAG